AAUCAGAUGGAGGAAUGCUAACUAGGCGAUUAUCCUGAAAGCGUCCCGAGGUACACACACAUACUCGAAGGGAAGGAAAUUUGGAUCUCUCAAGUGACAAGACAGUAAUGAUAUCAGAGCCUGAAGAAAACGAGACCAGACAGGCCAGGAAAUCCGAGGUCGAGCAGUGUAGUCAGGAUUUUGUUGCCGUAGAUGUGGACGAAACGGCUCCAUCAGCAAUUAAGCAAGAACUAGAGAGGCUACACGAGCGAAGCCCGGACAGUCUCGAGUCCAAUGGAGCAGCAGAAGGCAGAGUUUGCAGAGUGUGCCAUCUUCCACUCGAGGCCGAUGUCUCGAUCGAGCUCGGCUGCUCCUGCAAGAACGAGCUAGCGGUCGCUCAUCAACGCUGUGCAGCGACGUGGUUUACGAUCAAGGGCAGCAAGACAUGCGAGAUAUGCGGCCGGGCCGCCGAGAACGUAAGCUUUGAUCGCGCCAUCGCUCGAAGACCCGAUCAUCUCGUCAUGAGCGUGGAGCUCAAUGUGGAGAUGCAAGAGGAGAACUCCUACACCGUCAAGCGUGCUCUUUGCAACUUGCUGCUGUCGCUGUGCGUGGUUAUCCCGUUCUUACCGUGGCUCUUCCGGGUACAUUUGCUCAAGCUAUAAAACUUUUCAUUGCUAUCGCCCCAGGGAGGUACUUAAAAUCUCGAUCGAAGCUUUUCCAAUCCAUUUCUUUCCAGCUCGCUCACAGGGACGAUCAACAUUGCAACAACAGGGACAGUCCAGGAAUCUUCUUUGGUUUUUUUGGUUUGUUUUUUAUUCUUCUAAUCUAAACAACUUUGGGCGGCCAAGCUUUUGUUUUUGGCUCGCUCUGGACAAAACAAGACAGGGACUUUAACAGGAGCGUACGAAAGGCGUGUUGUACUCACGUACUAUUCCGUGACACGGAAGAAAUGCACGGAAUCUACGUGGUGUGUUUAAAGUUAAUAAUGUGGCUUUGUCAAAACUUUUUCUAAGUUUAUACGCUUCGGGGAAA